GAAGGAACUGAAGAAAUGGAUGCCGAUGGUAAAAGCAUUGUCAACAACACAGCUGAGGACACUAUUCAAGAAACAGAACAAAGUCUGGAAAAACUUACAGGACCCGUAGAGGACGAUAAGAUAGAAGAAACUGAAGUAAUGGAUGCCGAUGGUGAAAGCAGUGUCAACAACACAGCUGAGGACACUAUUCAAGAAACAGAACAAAGUAAACAAAGCAUAAUUUCACAGAUGAUUAAUCUGAAGGAAAAUGAAUUAGAUACAGAAGCAGGCUUUCUCGGACAUAACAUCAAUGUGCAUAGAGAGUUUUACAGACUACCAGAAGAUACUCUUCAGGUUGCUAAAAUCAGCAAGAUCCUUCUGGAGAUGGAGCGGGGUAACAUACACCUGUUCAAAGGGAAAAGUCUUGAUGACAUACAGUUAGAUCAGGAAGAACCUCUAGAGGAGGAUAAAGAAACAGAGGCAGCAACAAAAGAUUCUGAAAGGGAUGUUGGUGGUGAAAGCCAUGCAGUUGCCACAGCUGAGAACAUACUAGAAACAGAACAAAGUAAAAAAGGAGGUAAGGGGAUACAACUUGUUAAAAUACAUACACAAUAGAUACAUGUAUU